AGGACACUAUGCAGUGUAGAUUUUCACAUUUUUGCUCUCACCGUUUCCUUCGUCUUUUCAUUCGGAGACCCUUUCGGUUUGGCUUUCAACGAAUCAUUUCGUUUGCUUUCCUUCUCGCUGAUCCCAUACCGUCAGUUAGAUCUCUCUCUGUCUCUCUUAUUUCAGUAUCAUCAGGGAAGACACUAAUUAACCCUUGUGUUACCUGGCUAGGUUGAUUAGUACCCAAUUAAUCGCCUUUUGACAACAAAGUUGUAGACAUCUCAAUAAAGAAAAGGCAUGUCGGGUGUGUCUCUUGCUGUGGCUCCUAGAUCAGAGCCCGACACAACCACUACAACUACAACCCCUGGAUCCAAACCCCAAGAGAAACCGCUCCACCGCCAACAGCACCAGCAGCCUGCUGUUGGCGGUGUAAUGGGCUCAUUGCGAGUAAUAGAGCUCCAACUCGUGGCCUUCAUCAUGGUUUUCUCAGUCAGCGGCCUUGUCCCGCUUUUUGAUUUGAUCUUCCCGGCCUUUGCCUCCGCAUAUCUCUUAGCUCUGGCGCGCUUGGCCUUCCCUUCUCACGGUCCCGUCAGCUCUAGCUCUCGGGAGAUUUUCCAAGGCAGCAGAUUCUUCAGGUUUUACGUGGUUGUGGGAACCACAAUCGGGCUCUUCUUGCCGCUUGCAUACGUAUUGGGUGGUUUUGCGCGGGGCGAUGAGCACGCUGUCCGCUCGGCAACACCUCACUUGUUCUUGCUCUCAUUUCAGAUUCUCACUGAGAAUGUGAUUAGCGGAUUGUCGCUGUUUUCUCCGCCGGUGAGGGCAUUGGUCCCGUUGCUUUACACUGUCAGGAGAAUCUGUGUCAUCCUUGAUUGGAUGAAAGAUGUUUGGCUUAACAAAACUCUGCCUGCCAAUGCACAGUUUAAGGAUGUUGCAUGGUUUUGGUUUGGGAGGAGCCUGGCUAUAGCCAAUUUCAUAUAUUUCUCGAUCAACCUAUUCGGGUUUUUGAUCCCUCGAUUCCUUCCGAGGGCAUUUGAGAGAUACUUCAGAGAGAGGGAUGAAGUUGAGUCCAAGAUGGUAGAGGACAAGCGCUCCGCAGCAGCAAGUAAGUUGGAACCAGUUGCAGAUAAGAAAAGUCAUUGAAUUCGGAUUUCUCCCUCAGUCGUGGUGCCAUAUAUGGUAUAGUAUGAUGUUCGGGUUUCCUUGAAAAUGGGUAUGUGUAAUGCUGCUCCUCUAUGCAUGGAUCACUGAUCUAUAUCAGCACAUCAGUUUGCUUUGUUUAACGUUUGUUAAUGUUGUCUCACUGGCUGAGGUAGAUAUCCAAGUAGAAGUGCAAAAAUCGUUCAUUUCAAAGUUCCAAUUUGUAUUUCAGUCUACCAACAGAAUUUCUUGCAAGUUUGUUGUUAUUCAAGUGUCUUUCAAUGCAAGGAGAUCGAGUGCCAGUA